AAGUUUGUUGAUUCAUUUCCACCGGCUUUAAUUGAAUUAGUCGCUCUGAUUAGAGGGGACGAGUCUACAGGGACUAAUGCAAGGAUUUGUCUCACAGCUCAGACAGUUGGUGAAAUUUGGGAGCCUCGCCGGAAUCCAUCCGGAAGCAAAGCGGAAGAAAUUAAUAAGGAAAAGGUGGGAAAAAUGACCUCGGUGAUGGCUGUGGACAGUGUGGUGGUUUUGAGGGUAGGAGAGGCUCAUCGGUGUCGACGUCCGCCUGGAACGACAUCGGUGCCUAGUAGCGGCAGUAACAACAGUAGGACGAAAUUGUUGCCGUUGACCGGCGUCGGCGCAGCAAGCGGACAGCAGCAGCAGCUCAUACGAAACAGUAGCGAUGGGACAGCAGUGCCGCCGUCGUCUCCUACCAACGCCGACGUCGUCGUUAGUUCACAUCACUCGACGCAGCGCUUGCAUUUCUUGACACACUGCGGCACCGUUUGGGUCGGCUGUUUACGCGAUCAAGUCAGACAUUGCUGGACAAUGUUCACCAAACGAAAAAAAGAGGAAGAUUUGGAUGAUGUCAUGUUUGGUAAAACAACACGCCACCGACCGGAGGAAUUAAAAUCAUUGGAACGGUCAACUAAAUUCACCCGGAAGGAGAUCCAGCUGAUUUACCGCGGCUUCAAACAGGAAUGUCCCAAUGGGGUGGUUGACGAGCAGUCCUUCAAGGAAAUCUUCGUCCAAUUCUUCCCGCAAGGAGAUGCCAGCCAGUACGCUCAUUACGUGUUCAAGACUUUCAAGAAUGGCGGCACUGGUACCAUCAAAUUCGAGGAUUUCCUCCAGUCGUUGUCGCAAGCCUCUCGCGGGACGAUCCAGGAGAAGUUGAGGUGGAUUUUCGGUCUCUACGAUCUCAACGGCGAUGGAUACAUUAGCAAAUCUGAAAUGACUAGCGUGGCUAUGGCCAUUUUCGACAUGCUGGGUAGACACGCAGCCCCGGCCGUCGACGAUCAAACAGCGUCCAAGCACAUCGAUCAGAUCUUCCACAAAAUCGAUGUGAACCAUGACGGCCUUAUCACUUUCGAGGAACUGAGCCAGUGGUGCACGCGGGAGGAACGCUUCGUCAAAUCGCUUGGUAUGCUCGACACGGUGCUCUGAAAAAUGAAACUAAACACCAAAACAUAAUUUUAACCAACCAGAAAAGAAACUUUGCAUCGUCGUCUUUUAUUAGUCAUUUUUAUUUUUUCAAAUAAUUCAAACCAAAAUUUUCAUCUUUCAAAACAAUUUGAUCAUCAAAAUAUUUCUACCCCUCCGCGAUGGUGAUGGAAAACAAAUUCUUUCAUAUUAUUUUGGAAAUAUUAUUAUUAUUUAAUCGAGCAAUAAAUAAAAUAAAUAGUUUGUGUUUCUAGGUUGAAGAUGUUGAAUGAUGAGUGCGCAUUCCCCCCACCCACCCAUUGAAUUUGUUGUCCCUGAGAAAUUCAAAUUUUUCACAAAACAUUUUACUUGUAAUAAUAAUCCUCUUAUCAAUAUUUACAAAACCAUCAAUUAUUAUGAAUAAUUAUGUAAAUUGUUGUGAUUUCAUCAUUCGAGAAAACUCAUCUUCUUUAUUUUUCGAUCAAUCCGAUAAACGAUUGAUUGUUUAAUUAUUAUUUUCUCAGCAAAUCAUCUUUCAAUGUGUGAAUUCUAAAUUCUUAUAUACAGUCCUCCGAAUCUCUUCCAAAAAAUACAAAAUUGUUACUCGCAUA